AUGGUCGAGAAGAUUUACGUUACCUACAACCAGGUCCACAAACUCUGCCAGCAGGCAGCCCAGCAAAUCCUCGAUGACUUCAAGCCCAACCUCAUGAUCGCCAUUGGUGGCGGUGGCUACGUCCCCGCGCGCAUCCUCCGCUCCUUCCUCAAGCGCGACGGCAACCCCAACAUUCCCAUCCAAGCCAUCGGCCUCUCCCUAUACGAACAGCUCGGCACAGGCGCAGAUGCCGAGGUGGAAACGCCCGGCACAAAAGUCACCCGCACACAAUGGCUGGACCUCUCCUCGCUCGAAAUGGCCAACCUGAUUGGCAAGAACGUGCUCAUAGUCGACGAGGUGGACGACACACGCACCACGCUCGAAUACGCCGUCCGCGAGCUGGAAAAGGACGUCGAGGCUGCGGUCAAGAAACUCGGGCGCGAGGGCGAAAAGACAAACUUUAGCAUCUUUGUCCUGCACAACAAGGACAAGACGAAGAAGGGCGUGCUGCCGCAGGAGAUUCUCAAGGGCCGGUAUAGUGCGGCCAGGACGGUGGGCGAUGUCUGGAUUAAUUAUCCCUGGGAGGCGACGGAUAUCGACGAGCAUGAUCGGUUGUCGAGGGAGCAGGAGGAGAAGGAGAAGGAGCACCAAGGGAAGCAGUAA